AUGGAGCAGCUGCUCGCCCUCGUGCGCGAGAAGCUGCCCGCGGCGAGCAGCCCGGUCAUACGGGGCAAGCUGUCGCAGCUGCUGCAGCACGCGGCGCGCGGCGUCGCGGCAAACCCGACGGCGACGGGCGCUGAGCUGGCUUCGUUUCUUGGGGCGCUGCUGGAGGGCUGCGUGGCGCGGGAGGAGGCGGCGCGGGCGUGGGCGAAGGAAGCGGUGGCGGCUGCCAACUCCGUGGCGGCCAAGGACAAGGCAUCCCCGCAGUCUCCAGAGGAGCGCGCUGCCCUGCACGAGCAUCUGCUGACAGAGUUCGGCCUCACCAUCCUCCAGGGCGCGCUGCGGCCGCCACGCGGCGCGCUGAGCGGGCGUGACCCCGCCACCCUUGAGCUGGUGGACCCGCUGCUGCCGCUGCUAGUGCGCGCGCUGGCAGGCCGCAGCUCCGCGUCCGUCGCCCUCGCGCUGCGCCAGCUGUCGGCGCUCGUCGCGCUCCCACUGCCCGGCAUGACAGCCGCGGCGCCGGCGGCGGGCAAGGCGCUGACGGCGCUGCUCAAGAAGGCGCCGGACGCGAGCCACCCCGUGGCGCAGGACUGCUUCCGGCUGCUGGCCGGCCUGCUGCGCCAGUGCCCGUCCUACCAGCCCUCCACGCCCCAACUGCGCUUCCUCAUGCGCUGGGUGGCCACAGACCUGGGCGCCGGCGCCGCCGACAAGGGCGCCGCGUUCGGGCUGCUGAGGGCGGUGCUGGGGCGGCGGCUGAUGGCGCCGGAGGUGUACGACGCGAUGGACAAGGUCCAGGAGGUCAUGAUCAGGAGCCACGCCGCCCCGUCCCGCGCCGCGGCCGCGGCGGCGCUGCUGCAGUUCCUGCUGGACUACCCGCUGGGCUCCGGCCGCCUGCAGGGCCACCUGCAGUUCCUGCUGGCCAACACAGCCUACGAGCACGAGACCGGGCGGCUGCAGGCCCUGGAGUUGCUGCAGCAGAUCCUGGUCAAGUUCCCUGCUGACGUCACCACCCGCCUUGCUGACGUCAUCUACCUGCCGCUCGUCGCCCGCCUCGCCAACGAGUCGAGCCCCAAGUGCCGCGCCCAGGUGGCAGCCGCCGUGAAGCUGCUGCACCAGCAGCUGGGCACCACAGCCAACGACGGCCUCGCGGGUUACUGCCAGAAGUGGCUGGCCGGCGCCGGCGGCCCAACACGGCGCGCGGCGGCGCAGGCGCUGGGGCUGCUAGCAGAGGCGGAGCAAUCCAAGUUUGGCCGGCGGCUCGAGGCGGACGGCGGCGGCGGCAACGGCGGGUGGCUGCUGGGGGAAGCUGCCCAGCUGCUGCGCGAGUGCUGCGCCGCGGCGGAGCUUGCGGAAUCCGAGGAGGCAGCCGCCGACGGCGGCGGCGGCGGCGGCUCGGGCGAUGGCGUGCCGCGGUGGCAGGAGGCUUACCACAUACUGCUGCUCCUGGAGAAAGCUGUGGGCGCCGCGGGCCUGGGGCCCCUAGGCUGGGACCGCGGCCCCGACGCGCGGCGCGCGUGGGCGGCCGCCGCCGGCGCGCUGCUCCACCCGCACCUGUGGGUGCGCAAGGCGGCGGGGCGGCUCGUCGGCGCGGCGCUCGCCGACCCCGGCCUCCGCGCCGGCCUGCUGGGCGGCGCCGCCGCUGCAGAAGCAGCGGCAGCAGCAGCGGCCGAGGCGCCCGCGGACGCCGCCGGCGACACAUCUGGCUGGCGUGGCACUACUGCAGGCGAGCUGGCGCUGUCGUUUUACAUCCAAUUGGAAGCGGACGUUGUGGACGACGCCCUGUGCCUGCAGGCGGUCAAGUGCCUGGUGGCGCUGGCGGUGGCGCUGGCAGACGAGGAGGCGCAAGGGGGCGAGGAGGGCGGGGCGGCGGUGGGCGGAGGCGGCGAUGUUGGGAGGGAGGAGGAGGAGGAGGAGGAGGAGGGGGCGCUGGUGGGCAACGGGGCCGCGGGCGGGAGCGGCAGUGAGGAGGAGGAGGAGGGCGAGGGAGCGAGAGUGCAGCAGCCGCAGCAGCAGGAAGGCGGGGAGGAAGGGGAGGAGGAAGAGGAGGAGGAGGAGGAGGAGGACGAGGAGGGUUUGGGGGAGGCGGAGGGCAGCGGCGACGAGGAGGAGGAGGCGGUGGCGGCCGCGCAGCGCGAGGAGCGGCGCGCGCGCCGCCGCGGCGAGGGCCCGCGCGCGGUGACCCUCCGCGGCCUCGUCCUGCGCAUGGCGCGCCUCGCGGAGGACCGGCGCGUCGCCCGCCGCGCGCAGCGCCUUGCCGCACUGCGCUGGCUCGCGGCCGCCGCGACGGCGGUCGGGCCGCCGCGGCUCGCGGGGCACCUGCCGCUGAUGCUGCGGCCGCUCUACCGCAUCUCCGAGGCCGCCGCGGCUGGCAGCGGGCGUGCCGGGUGGGUCGCGGCGCCGGAGGAGGUGCGCACGCUGGGGGAGGAGGUGCUCGCACACCUGCGCGACGCGUUCGGCGCCGACGCGAUGCUCGCCGCGUACAACACCGCGCGCGAGUCGGUGCGCGCGGCGCGCGCGGCGCGCAAGCGCGGCGGCGCGCUGCGCGCGAUGGUGGACCCGGAGGCGGCGGCGCGGGCGAAGCUGAAGCGCAACGAAAAGAAGGCGGCGGGGAGGAAGCGCAAGUUCGAGGAUAAGAAGCGGCGCCAGGCGGCCAAGGGCAGCAGCUUCGCGAGCGUGCGGGCCAAGAGCGGGCGCGGCGGCAGGGGGAGCGGCGGCGGGCGGGGCGGCGGCGGCGGCAGAGGCGGCGGCGGCGCCGGCAGGGGCGGCGACGGCGGCAAGCGGCAGCGGCGAGGGUAG